AUGGCAGGGGAGGAGGAGGAUGAGAUACCAGAAUCCGGAGCAGUUUUCACGUUUGGGAAGAGUAAAUUUGCUGACAACUUGCCCUGUAAAUUUUGGCUUAAAAAUGAUAUUCCUCGAAAAAUAGCCUGUGGGGAUGAACACACCGCCUUGAUAACAGAAAAUGGCAAACUUUUCAUGUUUGGCAGCAACAAUUGGGGCCAGCUUGGUCUGGGGUCUAAAGUGACAGUGAACAAGCCCACUUGUGUUAAAGCCCUGAAGUCGCAGAAUGUACAACUUGUGGCCUGUGGAAGAAACCAUACACUCAUUUGUACUGCUCAGGGGCAUGUGUACGCCACGGGCGGCAACAGUGAGGGCCAACUGGGCCUUGGUGACUGCGAUGAGAGGACGUCUUUUCAGAAGCUGGAGUUCUUUGAUUCCCGCGGGCCAAUCAGAAUGCUCGCUGCUGGUUCAAACACAUCAGCCGCCCUCACUGAGAGCGGUGAGCUUUUCAUGUGGGGAGACAACUCAGAGGGUCAAGUCGGUUUGGGGAAGGAAAGCCAUGCCUGCUCGCCACAAGAGGUCAGCGCUGGACAGCCUAUCGCAUGGGUGUCCUGUGGUUACUACCACUCAGCCUAUGUGACAGAGGACGGAGCCCUGUACACAUUUGGAGAACGUGACAGUGGUAAACUUGGGCUAGGAACAGACCAGUUGGCUCGUCAUCGAGUCCCUCAGCUGGUGAAGAGCAUGCCCGAGCCGGUCACUCAGGUGGCAUGCGGUGGCGGACACACUGUGGCUGUAACAGAGAAUGGCGUUUAUGCCUUUGGCUUGGGCCAAUUUGGUCAGUUGGGCCUCGGGACAUUCAUAUUUGAGUCACGGCUGCCACGCCUGAUAGAGCACUUCAAAAAAGAUCGAGUGCGGCAGGUAGCAUGUGGCGAGAACCACUCAGCCGUCAUUACAGACAGCGGACUGCUUUACACCUUUGGUGAUGGCCGACAUGGAAAGCUGGGUCUGAGUGAAGAAAACUUCACAAACCAAUUCAAGCCAACUCUGUGUCCACGAUUCAUCAAGUGUCAGGUCCAGGAAGUAUUUUGCGGGGGUUGUCACAUGGUUGUGCUGGCGCUGCCAAGGAGUGCCAAAUCCGGUGUUGCGUUGCUGGAAGAUUGCGACGUGACUGAAGAUUACCUGGAGAAGCCGUACGUGGAGCUGCUAGGAGAUGUUGGAGACACCUCCAAUCCGGCCCGAGUUCGCCGCAGAGAGAGGGAAAAGUCACCGGAAGUGUUUGGCGACGUUUCCUGUACAUUACAAACAACGACGUCUGGGUACCUCCAGCCAUCUACUCCUGUCUCCAGCCACAACACCCUACCCAGCCUUUCUUCAUCAGAACUGACCCACAGAAAGGUGCUUCAUAGCGCUCAUCGACAUGGCAACAAUGAGGCGUCUACAGACCAGGCUGACGACGUUGUGGAGAGCCUAAGUGACACUGACAGCGUGAAAGGGUUGGGAGAAACCACAGAUUUGCUCAAUAUGACACAUGUAAUGAAGAUGGACCCUAAUGAUAAAACGCUCAUGCUUUCUCCAGUUCACAAGAAGAAGGGUAAAAAUGGUAAGGCCUUAACAAAUCAAAAAGAGAAACCGCUAAAAGACAGAAAGCUCUCGGAGCGGUCGGGUUGCCCUCCGACAUCACCGUCGCGUAACUGUGACGCUGCGGCCGCUCGCAAAGCCACCGGCGCUCAUGAUCAAAAGAUGACCAAACAGAACAAGGAAAAUCAUAUUACUGCUCCUAAGGACAAUGACAAGCGUCCAGAAGACCCCAAGAAGACAACGCUUCAGCCAUCGCCAUCCAGGAGUAAGCAACGGAACGCAAACAAGAAACUGCAAGCAGAACAUAAAACAGCUUCAAAACAGUGCAAAGGAAAACCAACUGGAGUAACAAGACAACCGUCUGACUUUAGUUUAAGUGAUGCAUGUGACUUAAACACACAACAGCGUGCUGCUGGUAAAACAAAGUCCAAGAAAAUCAGCUCUAAAGAUCACAAAACAUCAAAAAAUGAGAAGAACAAAAAGGAGGCCGAAUCUAAAAACGAAGAAGCACCGUCGUCGCACCUGCUUGCUGGAGCUGCUUCGAUACUCCAGGAGGUGGCGGCGUUCAGCAUGCCUUCACUGUCUGAGAGCAGCCAUCACAGCACUACAGCUGAUAGCAAUCCAUCCGCAAUGAGCAUGAGCAGCAGUCCUUCAACCGAGAGAGGAAAAAAGAAAGUUAAGGAUGAGGAGGAGGAUGUCCGAGAUGACCAGACAAUCGCUGAUACAGAGGAGGAAGAGGAAGACCAGGUUAGGAAGGUAACAAGUGCAAGUGAGGAAGAGGAGGAAACUCAGACGUCGGAGAAAGUCACUGAAGAAGACGACAGUGAUACACUUAAGCCAGAAGACAAGUCUGCAACUGAUGAGGGGGAAGAAGAUGAAAGUGAGGAGGAGGAGGAGGAGAAAACUGUUCAAAGGGAAAGUGAGGAUGAAGAGAAAGAGAGCAAAGAGGAGAGUUUUGAAGAAGAAACGGCAAAAAGGGAGGAGGAAUCAAGUAUGGAAUCGGAAGGGGAAGAAGAUGAGGAAGAACUGGAGGAGGAUGGAAGUGAAGAAGAGGGUGAAGAAGAGGAUUCAAAGGGAAGUGGAGAAGAGGAAGAAGAAGAGGGGGAAAGUAGUGAUGAAGCAGAAAGUGAAGAGGAAACAGAAGAAGGUGAGGAUGAAGAGGCUGAAGAGGAAGAGGAGGAGAAUGAGGAGGAAGAGGAGGAAAAUGAAGAAAGUGGAGGAGAAGAAGAGAGUGAAGAGGUAGAAAGUGAAGAAGAGGAGGAGGAAGAGGUAGAAAGUGAAGAAGAGGGAGAUGAGGAGGAGGAAGAGGUAGAAAGUGAAGAAGAGGGAGAUGAGGAGGAGGAAGAGGAGAGUGAAGAAGAGGAGAAAGACAGUGAAGAUGAAGAAGAGGAGGACGAGGAGGAGGAACAGGAAGAUGAUUUCACCCAAACUGACAGCGAAAGUGAAGAAGAUGAAGACGACUCGGAUGAGGACGACUAUGAUAAAGAGGAUGACACAAAAGUGGUGUCUGUGCAAAAAUUGGAAGAAACUCAGCAGGUUGUCGGCCCGCCGUUGGAAGAAUGUGCUUUUGGUGAGGAGCCACGUAAAGAAACGCCGGCGCUUGUAAACGACGAGGCCAGAGUGUCUGCUGAAGAAAAGGCACUUGGUGGCAACCAACCAGCCAUUGGGAAGACAGACAUUGCCACACUGAGCCAAUCAGGUUCCAGCAAAAGCAAGGUGCAGAUAUAA